AUGGCUAAGGAUGUAGUCGGCUUCGUCAAGCUGAACGAAAAUAACUACUUGGACUGGAAAUAUACAAUAAACUUUGUCCUGCGUUCGAUCGAACUUGACUCGUACGUGUUUGGCGACAAAAAACAGCCGAUAAAACUAGAGAAACCUGCAGAAUGGAAGGCAUGGAAAAUGAAAUCGUUGAAAGCGCUGCAUAUUAUAAUGGACUCUGUAGAGAGAAGACUGCAUCGUUAUCUGCUGCACUGCGAAUCUGGGACAGAAGCGUGGAACGAGAUAAAUUUAAUGUAUGAAGAAACUCACGCAGGUCUGGUGCCUUUAUGGCAAGAAUUCCACGAAUUCAAGUUCAAAGAUGGCAUAAAGGUGACCGAGCAGAUUGAUCAUUUCGGAAAGAUAGUAUCGAAGCUCAUUGCCAGGGAUGCUAAGCUGGACGAUGCAGCGAUACAGGCCAAGCUACUGAAUGUUUUGCCAAAAGCAUUUUUUCAGGUACGCAUAGCAUGGAACCUCAUUCCUCCAUUGCGCAGAAACCUGGACGACCUUUACAAGCUCAUAAUGGCGGCAGAAAAGCGUCUCGCAAAGGAACUAAAAGAAUUAGAGUCACUUAAGUGUGCCCUUAAACCGGUUAACAUUGAUGAAAGCGGAGACCAGACUGCGCAACAUAAGAAAAUCGGUAACGGUAAGAAAAAGUUUUAUUCAGAGCAACGAACGAGGUGCUCGAUUUGCGAAGAACGAGGACACAAGGCAGAAGAAUGUGCGCUUAAGACAUACGCAAAAACUCAAGUUAUAGCGUCGGUAAGCGGAGUAUGUCAUAAGACGACUGACAGUGACGCGGAUGCAUGGCUGACCGAUACAAGUGCCAGCACGCACAUGACUUUCCGAAAAGAUUUUUUCACCAGCUAUGAACCUUUAAGUGAGAAUUUAUACCUUAGAGUUGCUGGCGAUAGGUUCCUCGAAGUGCUAGGACAGGGAACAAUAAUCGUCACGGAGAAAAUAGGUGGAAAAAUUCAAGAGAGAAAGAUGCAAAACGUUCUUUUAGUGCCAGAGCUAAAGAAAAAUUUGUUCUCCGUAAGUGCCAUCAUCGAGAAAGGAUAUUCUUUUUACGCCGUCAAAACUCAUUGUGAAGUGCGCAAUUCGGAAAAUAAACUUGUUCACCGAGGUGUUAAAAAGAAUAGAGGAUUUUUCAAAAUGCUCUUCAAGAUCAAGUCACCUGCGUCCGCGAGAUACGGUCCAGUCGUAUCUCACGAGGAAUAG